ACCAAACUCUUCAGUUGAACUCCUCUGUGCUUAUUUCCUGCAAACAAUCUCUUGGUUUUGAUGUUUUGAAUACCUUGUUUGAGAGAGUGAAAAACAAAAUGGAGUACUCAAGUGUUGCAGAUGACAAGUUGAUAGAAAAUAGCAUUAUCUCUUCCUCUUCUGAACAACCCAGAAAAGGUGGAUUAAGAACCAUGCCCUUCAUCAUAGUGAACGAGUGUCUGGAAAAGGUUUCAAGCUAUGGGAUUUUGCCCAACAUGAUAUUGUACUUGAGGGAUGACUAUCACAUGCCCAUUGCCAAAGCCACCAAUGUUCUCUACACUUGGUCUGCUAUGUCCAACAUCUUGUCCAUCUUUGGGGCUUUCCUCUCUGAUUCUUACUUGGGUCGCUUCAGUGUCAUCUUCAUUGGUUCCUUCUCAAGCCUCCUUGGUGUAACUAUUCUGUGGCUAACUGCCAUGAUCCCUGUGCUAAGACCUUCCUGUGAACUCUGCAACUCUGCUACGGCAACCCAACUUCUACUUUUAUUCCUUUCCUUUGGAUUAAUUUCAAUUGGAGCUGGUUGCAUUAGACCUUGUUCCAUAGCUUUUGGAGCAGAUCAACUUACUAUUAAAGAAAAUUCCAAAAAUGAGAGGCUCUUGGAUAGCUACUUCAAUUGGUACUAUACCUCAAUUGGAGCUUCAACCAUUGUUGCAUUGGGUGUAAUCACAUACAUUCAAGAAAACCUGGGAUGGAAAUUUGGUUUCGGAGUACCUGCAGCACUAAUGCUUAUAUCCGCUCUCAGUUUCACUCUUGGUUCCCCAUUCUAUGUCAAAUUGAAGCCAAGUAAGAGCCUGCUCACUGGUUUUGUACAAGUAGCUGUUGCGGCCACAAAGAAUAGAAAACUGAGUCUUCCUGUUGGCAAUUUUGAACUAUAUUAUCAAGACCGUGAUUCCGAGCCAAUAGUCCCUACUGAUAGCCUUAGCUGUUUGAACAAAGCUUGCAUAAUAAGAAAUCCUGAGACAGACUUAAACCCGGAUGGAUCAGUUUCAAACCCAUGGAGCCUCUGCACUGUAAAACAGAUGGAGUCACUGAAGUCGUUGCUGCGAGUCCUUCCUAUGUGGUCCACAGGCAUCUUUAUGAUGAUGACUCAAAGUUCAUUCUCCACUCUUCAAGCAAAGACCAUGAACCGAAGGCUAUUUGGCAAUUUCGAGAUACCUGCUGGAUCCUUCACUGUUAUCAUGGUAAUCACCUUAUCAAUAAUCAUUCCGUUAUAUGACCGCGUAGCAGUUCCCAUACUAGCAAAAUACACAGGCCAGCCUAGAGGGUUCAGUUCAAAAACUCGCAUUGGGAUUGGAUUGCUGUUUGUAAUUGUAGCAAAGGCAACAUCAGCUGUAGUCGAAACCAUGAGACGAAAUGUCGCCAUCGAAGAAGGGUUCGAGUACCAACCUUAUGCUGUGAUCAACAUGUCAGCUUUAUGGCUAGUUCCGGAGUUUGUCUUGCUCGGAAUAGCUGAGGCGUUCACGCCGGUUGGGCAGGUUGAGUUUUUCUACUCUCAUUUCCCCAAGAGUAUGUCUAGUUUCGCAAUGGCUCUCUUCACUCUGGAGCUAGCUGCUGCUGAUGUAGUGGGAAGUGUGGUGGUGAAUGUUGUGGACAAGGUCACUAGUUUAGGAGGGAACGGGAGCUGGCUAUCAACUAAUAUCAAUAGGGGCCAUCUGAAUUACUAUUAUGUACUGCUAUGUUUCUUAGGUAUGGUUAACUUCCUCUACUAUCUGGCUAUUUGUUGGGCUUAUGGGCCUGAUGGGGGAGAAAAUCUUGAAGCUUCAGCAGGGAAGGAGGAUGAUCAAUUUGAUUACAAGGAGUUACCUACUUCGUAGAUUAGUUUUUAGCAUAUGAUAACACAUACUGUAUACAAGGAAAAUGAAAAAUUAUAGUGUAUUGCAAUUUUCAAAGCUGUUGUUACUGUGUCUGUCAAACUACUAAGUUACCAUAUAGUUCUGUGCUAAGAAGAGUUUAAUUUGUGAUCUUGCACAGUAAAUGAUGCAGAACAUAAGAGGUUAUAAAUAGUAAUAGUCUGUUAUAUGAUA